AUGCUUUCGACAACAAGAAUAAUUUUGUUAGGACUUUUAUGUUGUGCAGUGAUUGCAACAAUCAAUGCUCGUUAUUUAAGUGAUGAUAUGGAAGUUGCAGCAUCGGAUAAGCAUGAAGAAUGGAAAAAGGGCGGUGGAAAAGAUCAUUAUGAAGACGAGCAUUCUUCACAUGGCGACAAAGGCGAAAAAGGAUACAAGGAAAAUCAUGAACAUGAGGAAGGCAAAAAGGGUCAUCAUGAUAAAGAAGACCAUAAAAAAUCAUAUCACGAGGAAGAUGGACAUAAGAAAAAACAUCAUGAUGAAGGUGGCUAUCACCAUGAGAAAAAAAAGGGAGAAGCUGGAGAAAAAGGCAGUAAAUGGGAAGAACAUGGUUCAUUCAAGAAAGGUCACAAGACUUCGGGAAAACAUGAAAUUCACAAAUUAGACGAAUCUAAAAAAGAGAAGAAAUUCUUCGACGAAGACGGUGAUGAAGGUUUUGAUGAAGGCGAGGGACACUUCCAUGAAUCUUCAGGUCACAAAAAGGGCGGAAAGAAGAAGGAGGGACAUAACAAAUCAGCCAAACAUCAUGAUCAUUUCAGUAAGAAGGGAAGUCACAAAAAGGGAUCACAUCAUGAUGACGAUGCCGGACACAAGCAUGAAGAUGGACAUGAGGAACAUUAUGGUCACAAAGAAGAGCACGGAAAGAAAGGAGGAAGUGAUCACAGUAAAAAGUGGGGACAUAAAAAAGGAAAAGGACAUUAA